AUGUUUAUACCGCCUGAAUAUUUUACACAAGAAAGAAUUGAGUUAGACCUGGGGAUAUUAAGAAUGUAUUAUGAUUUAUGUAUGCAGUUGAAUGUAAAUGAAGAUAUAGAUAUAGAAAAAACUUUUUUAAGACUAAGUCAGUUGGUUGGUAAACCAAGUUUUCUUAAAGAGUCAACUCUUUUGGCACAAUUUAUAAAAGAGAAAUUGGCUCAAGAAGAUGAAAUGUUUACAACCAAAGAUGAUUUAUCAAACUACAAUAAAAUUUGUUAA